AUGCCAGCACCACGGACUAUAUCCUCCCCGACGCCUUCUGAUACCUUGACGCUUCCUGACCGGACGCCAAUGAAGAGAUACACGGUGUACAUCGGAUGCGUACCUGCACAGACCGUUGUUCUCUCAACGGUGAUGUCUCUCCACAUUUUCGCGGUGUUUUUCAUUGCGAUGGGGUGGAUCGUGGAGGCAAAAAUUGAUAAACUGUUGACGAACUUCCAACGGUUGGCGAUGUUCUUCCAUAUCCUCGACUAUGUCUUCGUUGCCCUAGUCACUAUAGUCGGCCUUUACGCAUGCAUCAAGAACAAGCGAAAGGCCUCACAACUAUUCGUCGCCGCUCUCGUUACCCAACUUCUGUUUGGUAUCGCUUCAGGAGCCGCCUGCCUCCACAUCCUCUUCUCUACUCCCACUUCCGAAGAGCAGAUCACAGAAUGUGCUGCUCUCAGCGAGAAGGUGCUAUGGACCGACCAUAUUUGCAAGCGGUCGCCCAUCCUGAAGGCUCUGCUUAUGAUUACGUUCCUUCAAGUCUGGCUUCUCCAAACCGUGGUGGCGUACGCCGCGUCCCGUUUCACUCGGCAACUGCAGGAGGAAGAGCUCGACAGGGCGAACAAGAAUCUGGAUAGCGAUUCUAUGUAUGGUGCCUAA